CUCUUUUACCUUCCCACAGCCCAAGCCCCACUCAUCCAAUUUCUUCUCCAAAUCACAAAGUCCACUACAGCAAGAUGCCAACAAUGCAAUGAAACCAACAAAACUGUCCACCACUUCCUGAUCACAUGCAACACAUACUCCAGACAGAGAGCCGCCCUCCGCACAGAGGCCCCCACUCAAGCAAGCCAACUACAAUUCCUCCUCAGCACCCAAUACAGAAACAGAGAGCUCCUCAACUACAUC